UAACAGACAAAACUUAACCAGCAGAGCCUGGAAGCCCACUGGGAAGCUAGGGCGCCACAGAAGAAGGACUGGGUCCUCUAAAAAGGACUGCUCACUGGAAUAUUUCCGAGGCAUCCUGUGCAAUAUUCAGUCUCAGAUACUGAGUUCUUCACAGCUCCGCGGAGCCAGCCUCGCCAGAGGCUGUACCAAGCAAGAACAAUGGAGGCCAGCAGGAAGCUCAUUUGCAGACAAAGGCAAGUCCUUUUCCUUGUUCUCUUCUUGGGCUUAUCUCAGGCGGGCACGGAACCUAGGCGCUAUUCUGUGGUGGAGGAAACCGAGGGGAGCUCUUUUGUAACCAAUUUAGCAAAGGACCUGGGUCUGGGGCAGAGGGAACUCUCCAGGCGGGGGGCUAGGGUCAUUUCCAAAGGGAACAAACUGCAUCUGCAGCUGGAUCAGGCGACCGGGGAUUUGUUGCUAAAUGAGAAACUGGACCGCGAGGAACUGUGUGAUCACACAGAGCCCUGUGUGCUGCGUUUCCAGGUGUUGCUAGCGAAUCCCUUAGAGUUUUUUCAAGCUGAGCUGCAAGUAAUAGACAUAAACGAUCAUGCUCCGGUGUUUGUGGAAAGAGAUAUGGUGCUAAAAAUAUCGGAGAGCAGUCCUCCUGGAACUGCAUUUCCUCUGAAGAACGCUCAGGACGAAGAUGUAGGCCGAAAUAACAUUGAGAACUAUAUCAUCAAUCCCAACUCCUAUUUUCGGGUCCUCACCCGAGAACGAAGCGAUGGAAGGAAAUAUCCCGAGCUGGUGUUGGACAAAGCGCUGGAUCGAGAGGAGGAACCUGAGCUCAGGUUAACCCUCACAGCGCUGGAUGGUGGCUCUCCACCGCAGUCUGGCACCGCUCAGGUCUACAUUGAAGUCGUGGACAUCAACGAUAACGCCCCUGAAUUUGAGCAGCCUUUCUAUAGGGUACAGAUCCCUGAGGACAGUCCUAUCGGUUUCCUGAUUGUCAAGGUCUCUGCUACGGAUGUAGACAUAGGAGUCAAUGGAGAGAUUUCCUAUUCACUUUUCCAGGCUCCAGAAGAGAUUAGGAAAACCUUUGAGCUCAACCCCCUGACAGGAGAUAUUCGACUGAAAAGACAACUUGAUUUCGAAGCUAUUCAGUCGUAUGAGGUCAUUGUUGAGGCUAAAGAUGCCGGAAGCUUGUCUGGAAAAUGCACCGUUCUGACUCAGGUCCUGGAUGUGAACGACAAUGCUCCAGAAGUCACCAUGUCCGCACUUACCAGGCAGGUCCCUGAGAAUUCACCGGAGACCGUGGUUGCCCUGUUCAGUGUUUCUGAUCUUGAUUCGGAAGAAAACGGGAAAAUAAGUUGCUCCAUUCAGGACAAUCUACCCUUUCUCCUAAAAUCUUCUUUGGAAAACUUUUACACCCUAGUAACAGAGGGACCGCUGGACAGAGAGACCACGGACGAAUACAACAUCACCAUCACUGUCACCGACAUGGGGACCCCCAAGCUGAAAACCGAGCACAACAUCACCGUGUUGGUGUCUGACGUCAACGACAACGCCCCCGCCUUCACCCAAACCUCCUACACCCUGUUCCUCCGCGAGAACAACAGCCCCGCCCUGCACAUCGGCAGCGUCAGCGCCACAGACAGAGACGCGGGCGCCAACGCCCAGCUCACCUACUCGCUGCUGCCGCCCCACGACCCGCAGCUGCCCCUGGCCUCGCUGGUGUCCAUCAACGCGGACAACGGCCACCUGUUCGCCCUGAGGGCGCUGGACUUCGAGGCGCUGCAGGCGUUCGAGUUCCGCGUGGGCGCCACGGACCGCGGGUCCCCCGCGCUGAGCAGCCAGGCGCUGGUGCGCGUGCAGGUGCUGGACGCCAACGACAACGCGCCCUUCGUGCUGUACCCGCUGCAGAACGGCUCUGCGCCCUGCACCGAGCUGGUGCCCAGGGCGGCCGAGCCGGGCUACCUGGUGAGCAAGGUGGUGGCGGUGGACGCAGACUCGGGCCAGAACGCCUGGCUGUCGUUCCAGCUGCUCAAGGCCACGGAGCCCGGGCUGUUCGGCGUGUGGGCGCACAAUGGCGAGGUGCGCACGGCGCGGCUGCUGAGCGAGCGCGACGCGGCCAAGCACAGGCUGCUGGUGCUGGUCAAGGACAAUGGCGAGCCCGCGCUGUCUGCCAGCGUCACGCUGCACGUGCUGCUGGUGGAUGGCUUCUCGCAGCCCUACCUGCCGCUGCCGGAAGCGGCGGCCGACCAGGCGCAGGCCGACCCGCUGACCGUGUACCUGGUCAUCGCGUUGGCGUCGGUGUCGUCGCUGUUCCUGUUCUCGGUGCUGGCGUUCAUCGCGGUGCGGCUGUGCAGGCGGAGCAGGGCCGCCUGGGUGGGUGGCUGUUCGGUGCCUGAGGGCCACUUUCCGGGCCACCUGGUGGACGUCAGCGGUACUGGGACCCUGUCCCAGAGCUACCAGUAUGAGGUGUGUCUGAUGGGAGGCUCAGGGACUAGCGAGUUCAAGUUUCUGAAGCCUAUUGUGCCCAAUUCCCAGGGCCAUUACCCUGGGGCAGAGUUAGAAGAAAACCCUGACUUCAAGAAUGACUUUAGUUUUAGUAUUCAGUGACCAUAAUUGUUUAUCUUUUUCCAGCUACUUCAAUUGGUAUAUUCAAGGUGAUGACUUAUUUUUGGCACCUAUUAUGAAUUUUUAAAUUAUACUAAGCUUCCUUGCACAUUUUCUUACAUUAUUCCUUUCUUUUAAAUAAUGGUAUCUUAUCAUUUCUUCAUUACUAUAAAAGAUGAGUGGUCCUAAAACUUGCCUCUCAAAAACUGAUGAAGUUAAUAAUUGUACAAAUCCUUGUUCUGGGAUAGCUUUAGAAUAUGUUAGGAAAAAACAGUGAAACGUUAAUUCUAUAUAUAUAAUUGACUGUGUUUUCUUGAGAUUUUUUUGUUUUUUAUUAGUUUUUAACUAUUGGUUAUGUAAGAGAAGUAAUGCACUAACACUCACGGGAAGUAUGCCUAACCAGGAAGGAAAGAGAACUGGCACCAUGAGAAUUUGGCUCAUUUUAUUCUGCUCUACUAGUACUAUCUUUGAUAUUGUUUUCUCUUGAAAUGUUAUAUUUACUAUGCUUCCUUUCAUUAAUCUACCUCUGUUAGUUUUAAUUUCAUUAUUUUAAUUACUUUUCAUUUUGUUUCAUUGAUGUUCAAAGGAGGGGGAAAGCUACACAGUGUUUAUCCAGUGAGAUGAAAUAGCAAAGCAGCAAAUUUGGCUUUUCCCAUUUGAGAAACAUUGAGUACCCAUGACAACAAAUACACUGGCCAGCCAAUAUCCAUUUAUUUUUUCUAGUUUCUAACAGAUCCUAAAUUCCACUUAGGGCAUUAGUUUGCUUAUUCAAAAGAACACAUUUUGCCAACCUCCUUGACAGGUACAAUGGAGCAUUUGACUAGGUUUUAGUCAAUGAGAUGUAUAUACAAAUGUUGUAGAAGACUUCUAAGAAAGCUGUUUAAGGGAAGAUGAGUCAUUUGGGAAGGGGUCCCUUUUGUCCUUCUCUAGUCCUUGCAUCUUAGAAUGCGUAAGUCAUGGUUGGAACACAGUCAGCCAUGUUGGAUCAUAAAGCAACAAUAAGAAUGGAAAUAAUGAAUGAAGACAGUCAGUAUAGAAUAAACUUUAAGGAGAUGAGGGUCCCCGAUGAUGACAGAGCCAUUAUGUCAUCCUUGGAAUGCCUGCUUCUGAACUUUUUUUUUUUACUUGAGAAAUAAAGGAACUUCUAUCUCAUUUAAGCUACCAUCAUCAUUUUAGUUUUGUGGUACCUCCAGUGAAAUCCAACCCUAAUGCUUUAACAUUAAGAUUUUUCAUUAAAACAUUAUAUAAUAAGCAAAAUGCACAGAUCUUAACUGUAUAGUCUGAGCUAACCAAUCUGUUUUAAGUUCUUAAUUUUGAAUUCUAAUUUAAUUAAAAGUAGUGUAUAGAGUGCUUUACACGAAUUACCUUUUUAAUCUUCUACCAAACCUUAAGGAAGUUGGCAUAUUGUCCCCUCCUUUACAUAUGAGAAGCUGAAGCUAAGAAAAGUUAAGUAACUUGUUCACAAGUCUGAGUAAUAAAAGAAAAAUUUUUUAAUCUAUUCUAAGUCUACUUGAAUUGAAUGCCCCAGUUUUUAACCCAUGUGUUAUAUAUAAUGGCAGGUGUUUACUUGUAGCAUUGUCUUCCUAAGAAAGUGAAAUCCAUCUAUUCCAUGAACUGAACUCCUAUGUAGAAAUGUAACUUUUGGUUCAUAGUUUGUGUGUGUUUCAAUGCCACACUGCUCUGAACCAAUAAACUCAAAGUUCUUGUGGAAACACUGACCUCUCUAAGCUAGGUCAGACAGCACAAUUGAUCUUCACCAUAAAUGAAUCAGCCCCAAAUAUCUUCCUGUACAUUCUCAACAUGUCACAUUUAUUAUUGCAGAGAUGAAUGCCCUAAAUAGAGACUAGAAGUGUC